CCAAUAGUUGCAUUUCCUUCAACAACAACCGGCUGGUUUCUUUGGGGUUCUCACUUUCUCACUCGCUCAAGCCAUUAUUCUAUUUUUCUCCCAUCUAUACCGCAGAAAUGAGAGACAAAAUGGAAAAGCUCGUUAUUCUUCCCUUCUCCGUUGGUUGUGUCUCUGAUUCAAGCGUGGCUGUUGCAGCACAGCGGCACCACCACCACCACCAGCCUAGGAGAUCAAAGCCUCCUCCUGCUGCUGCUGACACCAAUUCAAAUGCAAAAAGAACACAAAAGGAAGACGAAGACAGUUUAUCGAGUGAAAACAUGAAGUACUCAUUGAAGUUACUGCCUCUUCCAAAGCCUGACAUAUCAACUGGGUUUAAUAGGCUCGUCACCAAGAGUUUCAAGACAUUAUCUCAGUUAUUUGCCUACAAAGACGAGAUAGUAGAGUCGGAAAAUGAAAUGGAAAUCGGAUUCCCGACAGAUGUAAAGCAUGUGACACACAUAGGAUUGGAUGGAUCGGCAUCUACCAGCCCCAGCAAUGGCAGCUGGGACAAUCGUCUCUCUCUUCAUGACUUGUUCACUUUCCCCAGCAGUACUGCUCCUUCGGGACAGUGUGAACUCCCCAUGGAAACACACCCAGAAGCAGCUUCACCCUUCGUUCAAGCUCAUAAUUAAGACUGGUGAAACAGGAUUGCCUUCACCAGGGUGUUGCACUACUAGCUGAUGAUGAUAAGUUGGUAUAUUUAAAUGUCAGAAAAUGGUUAAACUUGUAAUGGAACUCUCUCUCUCUCUCCCCCCUUGUUUGUUUUGUAGUUUUUGCAAAGUUCUGUGGUGGGUGUAUAAAUUUCACUAGUAAAAUGUUUCAUGGUUUUGUAAUUAAUCUACAGUGUUAGAAAAUAUACAUCCAUGGAAAUUAGUAUAUUUUCUUGGAGUUAACAUUCAAUCUUUAAGAAUUCUUAAAUUAUGUGGGAAUUAUCCA